AUGUCAAAUAUGAAGCCACGAAACACAAGCUCACACGGACGGAAAUCACGAUCCGAGCUCGAGUCGAAGGUUAAACUCCAAAAAGCCAAUAUUGAAGAGUUGAAAGAAAAGUCUCAACAGCAACGGGACGAGAUCACGGCGCUCAAGACCCAGGAAAAGGCCGAAAACCUAGAAUAUACCGCUCCUAUCUCAGAGCUGAAGAAGCAGAAUUUGAUCCAAACGGCAAAGAUCGCCGAGUUUCAGAAGUCAAAGUCUUGCGACGUCACAGGCGUCAAAGUCAACUUUUCCUUCCUCCAGUCCAAGCUUAGGCUCGCUGAAUCAGAGCACAAAGAUAAGAUCAAAGAGCUGAACGACAAGCUUUUGAAGCAGAGAGUGAAAGUGAGAGAUUACAUCAAGGAGUUGCAAAGCCAGAAGGAUGAUCAAGUAGCUGAGAUUGAAACUCUGAAGGAUUUUCUUAAGGACAAGGAGGUUCUCAUUUCUCAGCUACUACACGCCUCGCAAACAAAAGACUCAUCAUGCGAAACUCAAUCGCAUCGACUCGCCCUUCUGGAAAUCCAAGUUGAAACUCUUGAGGCUGACAAACUACGCCAGGAAUCCAGAAACCAAGAGCUUGAAACGAAAUACAGUGUUGAGGCAUUCCGACGUGAGAAACUACAAAAGCAACUCAAGCUCAACCAAUAUGAUGUCGAUCAGGUACAUGAGAUUGCUCAGAAUCUGGAGUUCCAUUUCAACAGCACCUAUGUGAGGUUCUCUGGGGAUAACAAGCUGCAUACAAAAGCGGAAUUGGAAGAAGCGUAUAUGGAAUCGCAAAGACUGCAGGAUAAGCGGAGAGCAUUGGCUUUGGCGCGACGGAUGCGUAUGCAAGAGGAAGAGGAUCGAGAUAGAGAUGCUUACGCGGAGGAAGAGCUAUGUGGUUAG